GGGAUAGUUCGGUGUCGGCAGAGACAAGAGGAUGGCCUUCAGACUUUCGUCGUGUGACCGACGAAGCGAGGCUGGGAACGGAGUGUCCACAGGUGCAGCUUCAGAAGUAAAAGUAGAUGAGGCCAGGGGUAGAAGUGCCAUUCGAGAAGGAGAUUAUCAGCUGGGCCUUGGAGGCGAGCUGUCGGUUGACGGAGAGAAGAGAGGCCGCUGGUGACCGUCGAGACGUGUUGCGCGUCCGAUGAGACAAGAGUCGGUCGCGUCUCGGGCGGCCGAAGCACACGCGACCGCUUGCCACUUUCCGUUCCAGCUCUCGUCCUCAUCGCUUCAAAUACUUCCUGCCGGUGCCUCCCAUGGUUCAUCCCGUCGUUUCGCUGUACCCGCAGGGCAGGCAUGCUCCGUCUCUCAAAGAUCUCGAAGCGCGUCCCAGCACGCGUCCUGUUACGACGCACGUAUGCAUCACAGGCCAAGCUCACCCGGUCCUACGUCGAGGGUCCGACAGACCCACCCCUCUGCCACCUCACCCUGCCCGCCUACUUUGCCCAGAAGAUCCUCCCGCUCCAUGCUGACCGCCCUGCGCUCAUAUGUCGCGCCGAAGAGCCCAACACCUUUGGCGGUAGCCCCCAGAAGAGCAACAAAGCGUAUCUCGACUGGACCUUCAGGGAAUUCGACGACCAUAUAGCGGCCGUCGCACGCGGCCUGCUGGCCAUGGGUGUGAACAAGGGCGACCGAGUAGGUGUCAUCAUGGGCAACAACAGUACCUAUGCGAUGCUCCAGUGGGCCUGUGCUCGUAUCGGCGCCAUCCUCGUCACUCUUAACCCAGCCUAUCGCACCCACGAGCUCAUCGCCACCCUCGGCCUCGUAGGCGUUAAACAUCUCUUCCUGGUCCCCCGCAUACGCUCCAGCGCGUACCUCCAGAACCUCGCCGACGCCUUCCCAUCCCUCGCGUCCUCGUCACCCGGGAACGUGAACAUCGAACGCCUGCCGGAUCUCAAGAACAUCGUCGUCCUGGACGACCUCGGUGGGGCUGAGGGAGCCGCAGAGAUGGCGCGUGCCAAGAGUGCCGUCGACUUUCGCGAGAUCCUCGUCCGGUGGCAUGCUGGCCCCGAACAGCGCGAACUGGAGGCACUCGAGCGCGGGCUGCAAGAGCACGAGACUAUAAAUUUGCAAUUUACAAGCGGCACCACUGGCGCGCCAAAAGCCGUCUCCCUCACGCACCACAACCUGCUCAACAACGGCAUCCAGAUCGGGCGCUGCAUGCACCUCACGCCGUCCGACGUCCUCUGCAACGUCCCGCCGCUUUUCCACUGCUUCGGGCUCGUGCUCGGCAACCUCGCGGCGUGGACGCACAGCGCCCGCGUCGUGUACCCCUCGCCCGUGUUCAACGCGCGCGCGGUCGUCGACGCGCUCCUCGCGGAGCGCCCGAGCGCGCUGCACGGCGUGCCGACGCACUUUCUCGGCGUCCUCGCCGAGGUCGCGGCGCGCGAACGCGGGCUCGGCGCGCCGCUCGUGACGGGCAUCGCGGCCGGCAGCUCGAUCCCGACGCCGCUCAUGCGGACGCUCGUCGAGAAGCUGAACUUGACGGAGCUGACGAUCGCGUAUGGCAUGAGUGGCCCGGUGUCCUUCCAGACCGUGCCGAGCGACCCGCUCGUCAUGCGCGUCGAGAGCGUGGGGCGCGUGCAUCCGCACGUGAAGGCGAAAAUUAUUGCGACGGACAGGUACGUCGCGCUGUUCGGGACCUGUGCUUUCCUAUCACCCGCUGACGCGCGUGUCGGCAGAAAACAUGUCGUUGAGGGUGCGCACGAGGACGAACAUGACGACGUCGUGCCCAUUGAAACGCCUGGCGAGCUGCUUGUCUCGGGAUAUCUUCUCCAGGCUGGCUACUGGCAGAACCCCGAGCAGACCGCGCAGGUGAUGCGCCGCGACACGAACGGCACGCUCUGGAUGCACACCGGCGACGAGGGCGUCAUGGAUGGGGACGGCUACCUCCGGAUCGUCGGACGCAUCGAAGACAUCAUCAUCCGCGGCGGCGAGAACCUCUUUCCGGUCGCGAUCGAGAACGUGCUCACGGCGCACGCCGGCAUCCGCGAGGCCGCCGUCGUCGCCGUGCCCCACGCGCGCCUCGGCGAGGUCGUCGGCGCGUGGGUCCUCCGCGAGCCCGGUGCGCCCGCGGGCGCGGCGCUCUGCGCGGCGGACGUGAGGCAGGUCAUCGCGCAGGGGAUGAACCCGCAGAACGCGCCGGCGUACGUGUGGUUCGUCGGCGAGCUCCCCGAGGAGGUGCGCCCGCGCGGGGAGGAGAAGGAAAAGAGCGAUGUUGGGGACGUGCGCAAGUUUAUGGGGUUGCCGAAGACGGCGAGCGGGAAGGUGAUGAAGCAUGUUUUGAGGACUUGGGCGCGUGAGCUGGCGGAGAAGGGUCUCGGGAAGGUGGGCGCGUAGCGGACGUCUGCGUUCUCGAGCGGAGGCGAGAGCGCGUUGUAUU